UUUCAAAUUUGAAAUUUUUCCAACCUAAAAAUAUUAUCUAAAAAAAGUCUGUGUUGUAAGGUAAAAAUUAAUCUAGGCUAAAAUGUUACCUACAAAAUUGCGAAGUAGCGUUAGUAUAUUAAAAUGUGUGACGAGCACUUGCCAUAAGGUCCAUCUGAGACUUGUGUCCAGUACAGGGGCUUUAGAACCUGUACAGCUGUCCUACGCCACUUAUGAAAGCACAGUAGGCCUUCCAGGCCAGGCUCCACCGCUAGUGAUAAUGCACGGUCUAUUCGGCUCCAAGGGAAAUUGGAAUAGCCUUUGUAAAGUUUACCAACAAAAAACUAACCCCGAAAGGAAAAUAAUUGCUAUAGAUGCAAGAAAUCAUGGUGAUAGCCCACACAAUGAUAAUCAUACAUAUGCUCACAUGGCAGCUGACAUAAAAGCUUUGUUAGAUCAGCUGCACCUGGAAAAAGUGGCUUUGAUGGGGCAUUCUAUGGGCGGCAGAACUGUUAUGCUGUUUGCCUUAAAAUACCCAGAACUUGUUGAUAGGUUAAUAAUAGCCGAUAUAUCGCCAGUAAGGACAAGUCCCCAGUUAGACAGCACUCCACCAUUAUUUCAAGCUAUGGAAAACGUUAACUUACCAAUCGACGUAUCCUUGUCAAAAGCGAGAACUCUGGUAGACACGCAGCUGUCUAAGACCAUACCCGACAAGUCCCUUAGAGCUUUUCUGCUGACGAAUCUGGUACAAAGGGAAAACAGAAGUUAUGAUUGGCGGAUUAACAUACCGGUCCUGGUAUCGUGUUUCAACAACAUCGCCAAUUUUCCUUUGGUGAAUGAUGUGCAGUGCACCGCACCUGUCCUCUUCUUAGGUGGAGGAAACUCAGAUUACAUACAGAAAAGCGAUUUUCCGAAAAUCUUGAAAUUCUUUCCCAACGCGGAACUCAAGUUCAUCGAAGGGGCGGGUCACUGGCUCCACAGCGAGAAGCCCGCGGAAUUCUUGCAGUUAACGUUAGAGUUUUUAAACAGGAAGGUUUCCGUCCACUAACGACCUGUGAUCCUUUUAAUUCCAAGGGAAUUUAUUUAUACGGGGCGACUUGGGUACCAAAUAAAAGAUAGUUUAAAUAUU